AUGUUGAUCCAUUACUGGUUGGAACCAGUUGUGUCAUUUGACCUUCAAAAUAAACAAGAUUCACAGCUGGAUCUUCCGAUCACACCGAAAACCUUCAAGUUUCGAAGUUUUGUGAAAGUUGUGAAUAUUCCAACAACAGACAACAGUGCAUAUCACUUUCUUUUCUCAUUCUACCUAAAGCACAUGAAGCCGUGGUACGAAACACAGAGUGCAAGCAAAAUUACGGCUGUGAAGGUCACCGGUCCAAUCGAAACUGAUGGCUUCCCAAAUGCGAAGCUUAAGGUUGCUAGAGGUUCGUCUAGUCAGAUCUACAAAUUCACUCUCACUGAUCUGCCAUGCCUAAACCCAUACAAAUGGAUCAUGUUGUAA